AUGGCAAAACAAAUGAAUUCUUUUAUUCUUGUAGUUCUUCUUUUGAUCCUUUUCUUUGAUUCAUCAAUAUCAAUUCCUAUGACUUACAAUGUGGUCAGAUUAGGAGCCAAACCCGAUGGCAUAACUGAUUCAUCAAAAGCCUUUCUUGAUGCAUGGACUAAAGCUUGUGGCUUGACUGAGGCAGCAACGAUUUAUGUGCCAGAAGGGAGGUUUUUGCUAGGAAAAACUGAGUUUGAAGGUGGAUGCAAGAACAAUAAUAUUACCAUACGCAUUGAUGGCACUCUUGUGGCUCCAGCGGAUUAUAACUUAAUUGGAGAUGCUGAUUAUUGGCUUGUUUUUCACCUUGUUGAUGGCGUUUCGAUUAGUGGUGGUACUCUUGAUGGCCAAGGUGCUAGAUUGUGGACCUGCAAAAGGACAGGGAAAAGUUGCCCUAUGGGCGGCACUACACUAAAGUUUAUGAACUCAAAUAAUAGUGGGAUAUAUGGGUUAUCGUUGAUAAAUAGCCAGAUGUUUCAUAUAGUUAUCUAUAAAUGCGACAAUGUGAAUUUGCAAAGAGUUACGAUUUCAGCUCCAUGGGACAGCCCUAACACCGAUGGAAUUCAUGUGGGAUUUUCAAGCAAUGUCACUAUCACGAACUCUUACAUUGGCACUGGUGACGAUUGUGUGUCAAUUGGCCCCGGUACUAACAAUUUAUGGGUUGAGGGUGUUGCUUGUGGCCCAGGCCAUGGGAUUAGUAUUGGCAGUCUUGGCAAGGAAGAAGAUGAGAGUGGUGUGCGAAAUGUGACAGUUAAAAAUGUGAAUUUUACAGGUACUGAUAAUGGAGUGAGGAUCAAAACUUGGGCGAAACCUAGCAGUGGUUUCGUUAGUGACAUUCUUUUUCAAAAUGCCACCAUGAACAAUGUCAAGAAUCCUGUUAUUAUUGAUCAAAAUUACUGUGACCAUAAGGAAAAAUGCCCAGAUCAGGUUUCAGGAAUCAAAAUAAGUAAUGUGACAUACCAAGAUAUAAUUGGAACAUCUGCAACUGAAGUGGGUGUGAAGUUUAAUUGCAGCUGGCAGAAUCCAUGUUCUGGGAUAACGUUGGAAGAUUUGAAUCUGACUUAUAAGAAUCAACCAGCUAAAGCAUUAUGUAGCCAUGUUGAUGGCUGUACUCGUGGUUUCGUUCUGCCCGAUAGUUGUUUUGGCAAUUAAAAUAUGUUAUAGAGAAUAGACAGGCAAAAAUGUUAAAGAAUUUUUUGAUACGUGUUGUCUUUUUGUACUGCAAUUUGCUAU